AUGGAUACGUCAGAGGAGGGUCAUUGGAGAGUUGUAGAGAACUUUCCAGUGCCUAUCACCCGCGCCGUCUUAGACGCCUACGCCCAGUACGUCAUCGCGAGCUCUAACGCCAGUGAUGCCGUCCGCCCGGACGGGGCCGAGGCACAUUGCGUGCCCAAGAGCGUUGAGGAGGCGCUUGCGCCGCUUGAAAUUCUCUACGGUAAAACGGCGCUGUCAGCCAUUGGCAUUGCGUUGCACGGGGCCGAGUCGAUCGUACGAUAUGUGGAAAGUGCUGAGGUGAGCUCAUCCGACGAUGAGGAGGCAGGGAAGACGUCGGACGAUGAGGAGGACAGCACGCAUUAUGACACUCAUCGCGCGCGGCGUGGCGGUGGCGGCGCAAUGUCUUCCACCGUGUCCGUUCAUGGUAUCUCACAGCCGAACGAUCAUGCCAGUGCUCCUGGAGUGUCCUCCCCGCUAGCCGAGCAGAGGGGACGCUGUCUCUACCACGUCGGUGAGCACACGCUCUUCUCUCCCUACUACUGUCCCUGCUCUGCGUACGCAUACCAGUCGAUUCAGCGGCAGGAGGUGUGGUGCUGUAAGCACAUGCUAGCACUGCAACUGGUCUUGCGCAUCGAGGCCACCGGAGUAACGCAAGGUAACCUUCUCGUGCGCAUCGUUAGCUCUGCCGAGUACGAGCAACUUCUCCUGCACUCUCUCGGAAUCACUUGA